CCCGGCGAUUAGCCUCUCUGCUUCGGUGCUUCCCCCCACUAAUCCCACCCCCGUUCGCUUCACUCCCUCGCCUCACCUUUCCGCUGCCUCCCCGCCGCCCGCGCGCUCUCCCGCGUGCUCCCCCCCGCUGGAUCCUCCCUCCGGCCUCCACCAGCAGCGAAAGCGGCGGCCGCCUCCCCACGUCCAGCGGAGCGGGGCGGAGCGUACUCUUCCAGCCGAGAUCCGCGCGGAGGGCGGGGACUCGUGUCGCCGGUGAGUCCUCCCGCUCCCCCCGAGAUUCGGUUGGUGAUCCCUGCUCCAUCCUCAGCGCCGCCUCAAGGUCGAAGCCGCGAGCCGACGACGCCGGAGGUCCGCCGGACUGCACUUCCCGCCCGCCAGAUGAAGGCGCGGCCGCGCUCCGAGCCCGCCGCCGCCGCCGCUCCGGCCCCUCCAGAUAACCAUUGCCAUGGGAGGGAUGAGCUGGACUCCAAGCUAGUCUGAGGGCGGGACAGUGCUGAAAAUGGUUUCAUGAAGCUUCAGCAUGAAACCUCCGAUGCCGAGGCUUUGGUCUCGGCAGCAUCAAGGAACCUCUCUUCCUCGUCCUCGGCAUUUGUUUCAGCGAACCAGUCCCCCUUCUUCACACCACGCUCGCUGUCUGCUCGUGCCCCUGAGCAUGCUGGUCCUGAGAACAAGUGCUCCGCGAAUGGCAUUGCGUUGAAAAUCAGUGACAUACUCUCUGGUGACUCCUUCUUACAGCCGGAGCAGCUACCUUCAGCCAACGUCGGGGUCUUGCCAUCAGAUGCAUCUCCUCCUAUCAGCCUUUGCACUUCAAGCAACUUUGGCACUCCAGCAAUUGUCUACAACAAUCCCAGCUUCAUUUCCACUUUCAAUGGCCCAUGUCAAGGUAGUUCAUCAGCAACCAGCAAUGGUGGUCAUUCGGCACGGAAAGAGAAGCAGAAGAGGCUGGGGGCAAUGUAUCGGAAAUCUUCAUCGUCCCAACCGACAACAUCAGCUGCCUCUGUCAGUAGGCUUCGGAGUUAUGAUGUGUACAUUGGAUUUCAUGGCCGCAAGGCUUCGCUGCUGAGGUUCACAAACUGGCUUCGUGCAGAACUAGAGAUCCAUGGAAUCAGCUGCUUUGUUUCUGACAGGUCUAGAUGCCGGAAUUCUCACAGCCACGAUGCUGUUGAGAGGAUAAUGAAUGCUUCCACAUAUGGAGUUGUUAUUCUCACAAAGAAGUCAUUUGGCAACCCUUAUACCAUUGAGGAGCUCAGGAACUUCUUUGGCAAGAAAAAUCUCAUCCCUAUAUUUUUCGACUUGGAUGCAGCCGAUUGCCUUGCCAGGGAUAUCAUCGAGAAGAGAGGAGAACUGUGGGAGAAACAUGGUGGUGAGCUGUGGAUGUUGUAUGGUGGGAUGGAACAUGAGUGGAUGGAAUCAGUUGAUUCUCUUUCUCGGGUGGUAGAUGUGCAAUUAGAAGCGAAUGAUGGCAACUGGAGAGAUUGCAUACUGCAAGCAGUUAUUCUUUUGGCCACAAAAUUAGGAAGGAGAAGUGUGGUUGAUAGGGUGAACAGAUGGAAAGGGAGGAUGGAGAAGGAGGAAUUUCCUUUCCCCCGUAACGGCGAUUUUGUCGGCAGGAAAAAAGAACUCUCAGAAUUGGAGCUCAUUUUGUUUGGUGACGUCACGGGAGAUGGAGAGAGAGAAUAUUUUGAGCUCAAGACAAAGCAGAGAAGAAAAGGCCUCGCGGUUAGGCGGUCUGCUAACAAUCAUGAGCAAGUAAAUACCGAUGACAGCAAAGGUAAGGAGCCAGUUUUGUGGAAGGAGACUGAGAAAGACAUUGAGAUGCAGAGACUGGGUAGUCCAUCACUACAUGGGCGUCCAUUGAGAGUGAAGAAUGGAGUAAGGCAUGGAAGGAAGAGAAGAUCUAGGAAGAUACUUUAUGGAAAGGGUAUUGCUUGCAUAUCAGGGGAGCCUGGAAUUGGCAAGACAGAGUUGGUUUUGGAGUAUGCGUAUAGAUUCUUCCAGAGAUAUAAGAUGGUUUUAUGGGUCAGAGGGGAAAACAGAUAUAUUCAACAGAACUAUUUGGCUCUGCGAACUUUUCUGGAAGUAGAUUUAAGCGUGGAUAGUCACAUGCAUGAAAAGGGAAGUGACCGAUGCUUUGAAGAGCAGGAAGAGGAAGCCAUUGCCAAAAUCCGGCAAGAAUUGAUGUGCGACAUACCAUUCUUAGUCAUAAUUGAUAAUUUGGAGAGUGAGAAGGACUGGUGGGAUAAGAGAGUAAUAAUGGACCUUCUGCCCCACUUUGGUGGGGAGACUCACUUCAUUAUAACAACACGUCUUCCACGCAUGAUGAAUUUGGAGCCAAUGAAGCUUUCUUAUUUAUCUGGUGCUGAGGCAAUGGCUUUAAUGAAGGGAGGUGUCAAAGACUAUCCACUGGUGGAAAUUGAUGCUCUCAAAACCAUUGAGGAAAAGCUUGGAAGACUUCCUCUUGGCCUAAGUAUUGUUGGAGCUAUACUCUCGGAGCUCCCAAUCACUCCGACUAGGCUACUUGACUCAUUGAAUCGGACAUCACUCAUAAGAAAUUUCUCGUGGAACGAGAGAGAAGUUCUCAGCUUGAAAAAUCAUGAAAUUCUUGUACGGCUGCUGGAUGUGUGCUUAUCGAUAUUUGACCAUGCAGAUGGUCCUAGGAGUCUGGCAACUCGGAUGGUUCAAGUGAGUGGUUGGUUUGCACCCUCUGCGAUUCCAGUUCACAUGUUGGCUCUGGCUGCACAUAAAGUCCCAAAGAAGCACCGGAGGGGUCCAAGGUGGAAGAAGUUGUGGCGGACACUAACUUGUGGCCUUGCAACUUCUAGGAUGAAGAGAUCUGAAGCUGAAGCAGCUGCAAUGUUAAUGAGAUUUGGAAUUGCGAGAUGCAGCUCAAAGCCUGAACAUGUACAGUUUCAUGAUCUGAUCAGGCUAUAUGCUCGACAGCGAGGAGGCACACGAACAGCUCAGGCUGUGGUCCAAUCAGUGUACCUCCAAGGCUCAAUCAAACAUUCUUCUGAGCACCUGUGGGCUUCCUGCUUCAUGGUUUUUGGAUUUGGUUCUGAUCCACUGCUGGUAGAAUUGAGGCCAUCUGAACUGAUGUUCUUUGUGAAACAGAUUGUCGUGCCACUUGCUAUACACACAUUUAUAACAUACUCCCGUUGUAACGCAGCACUGGAGCUGCUGCGCCUGUGCACUGAUGCGUUAGAGAGAGCAGCUGAGUCCAUGCUUGCUCAUGCUGGCAAAUGGAGAGAAACAUCAUUCUCCUGCUUCAGGCAAGCUCAGUCGGAAACCCAGUACACUUAUCUUUGGCAGGAGCUGGCUCUUCUGAAAGCUUCUGUAUUGGAAACAAGGGCCAAGUUGAUGCUCCGAGGUGGACAAUAUGACAUUGGAGAUGACCUGAUAAGAAAGGCAAUAUUUAUCCGCACUUCUAUCUGUGGCGAGCACCAUCCUGACACUGUUUCUGCUCGAGAAACCCUUAGUAAACUCACAAGGCUUCUUACAACUGUUCAGCUUAGUUGAUUCAUAUAGUUUAGGAGUUCACAAUAUAUUCUUUUCAGUGUGGCUUUUCAUGAAUGCCGUACAAAAUGCACCAGAUCUUGAAAUAACAAAGUAAAUUUUUCUUCAGUAUUCUUUACAACUCCUUUUGUUGUUUUCCAGCAUUUUUUUCCUUGCUUCAUAAAUAUGCUAGCAUUGGAGUAAACUACUGUAUUUUGUGUUUCUAGACUAUUGCAAUUGCAUGCACACAAAAAGUAGUGAGCUAUUAUUGUAGGUUUGCAUCCCUGGAUGAUAAGGUAUCAUAAUAUUGCACAAAGCUACAGUUCUGCACAUUAUCACUCUAAUGAAGUAAUCGUCGAGGCCAGUAGAGUUCAUACAUGAACUGUUUGCAUUUAAUGUGUUGCUGGUCGAAGAGCUGGACAUUGCUUUUAUGGCUAUGCAGUUGCAGAGUUACAUCACGUGCAGCUAACAUUUGCUUUAGAAUAGUGUGGAGUCCUGAACUUGCACCAUGCUGUUAUCAACUUGCACAUUCCUUUGUAAUGAACUUGCUGGAUGUGGUACAUUGCUUUUGGUAUUAAUGUCAGUGAUGAAAAACAACUAUUUAUCAACAAUUGUCAUGAUUGUUGUGACCUUCAGCUUAGGGAUGUAGAUUUUUGGGACUGAUUUUCCAGGACCUGGCAGAUGGUUCGACUCUUGGGUCUCUCGUGUCGACUUAUCUUCGUGUCAUUGUGUAUAACCUACUACUGAAACUCGACAUAUUUGUCAGUUGGCCCUUGGCUCUUAUAUUUGAAUACUGGGGAUGUGCCAUGAUCAGAGGAUACCAUUGAUUGUUGUGCAAGUCAAAGGAUACCUUUGUACCUCCACACAUUGCUUCAACAGCUAUGGUAAACUUAGCAUUAGAUCUGAACCACAUGAUGUCAAUAUGAUGUUGUUCAAUUAUUAUUACAGUUUUUUAUUUUAACAAAUCAUAUACUAUUUUUUUUCAUAGGAUGCACUGGCACUAAUGCAACUAGUCGCCCCUUGUGUACUCUUCAAUCUCCAUAGUUCAUAUAGUUUUGUACUCAUCUCAGUGCUACAACUUCCUGUGCAUUGAUUGCUGACUUUGUCAUCAACCUUCUGUCAUUAAUUUGCAAGAGGUUUUCCAACCAUAUCUGAGCGCACAUUUGUAUAUUCCAACUUCUGUCUCCAGUGGGCAGUGACCCUGCCUGAAUAUGGAUAAGUAUAAAUGUGGCAGUUAUUAAUACUUAGUUCUACUUCAUUGAGCUGGGAGUUGGGACUCUUGUUAUAUCUGGACAUGUUUUGUAAUCUUAAUCAUGCAGGGAUGCUGAAACCAUUAAUGACGGAUUCAAAUAUGUUCUACAGAAAUUUAUAGAAAUUACCAAAUUCUGGAUCCGGAUGCAGCAUCAGAUUGUCAAACCAUGCUGCCUCAAGUUUUGAAGUAAGCAUUCCUAGAUCACCUGAUCAAGGUUAUAGAGGCCCAAGAUGGCAUGCUUGCUGUUGGCGCUGUGACUUUAUAUGUAUCAUUUCUGACAUUUACGCUGCAUGCAUCAAGGUCAAAUACACGAGGAAUGUAUACUGCAGAAGAUUGAGCUUUCCGUUGUAAUGUUAAGAGGGGGCACCUUGGAUUUGAAGGGCAAUCAGCACGAAGAGUGGCAUGCCAUCUGAUACCUGAUGCUUCGGACACCAUCCAGGAGCCAGGAUUUUGAUCUCUGGUGAUCAUCCGUCUGUUCCACUUUCAGUUCAUGGCACUACGCAUUCAACAGAAGAAAAGCAGAAUUGGGCGGGUUUGGAGCUCCCUCUGAUGUUGCAUGGCGCUGACGGUCUCAUGGUGUGUGACUGUUAUUUCUAGUCUCUGUUUUGGGGGCUGGGGCUCAGUUAAUCAUUAGACCCUAA